GUGUUCAGUGGCCAGUGAAACUUUGAAAAUUUUUGUGUGCUGUGGAAUCCGGAUGGACAUUUGAAAUGUGGAAGUACGUGGUUUUCGUGUGUCUACCCAUCUCCUGGGCCACAGCUCAGAACGGCAGAACGUCAGCUCAUCAGGAGCACGGGCAUGGCUGGGACAUCCGACUGGCGGUGCCUGGUGAACCUGGAAGCGACUACCCUACGCUCGGCGCUAUUCCUAGGACAUCCUUCUCUUGCGCUGGAAAGGCACCAGGAUACUACGCUGACUUGGAAACCAAUUGCCAAGUGUUCCGCGUUUGCACCCUCGGAUCUACUUACGGAUUCCAGUCGUUUCUUUGCCCGAACGGAACACUCUUCAACCAAGCUGUCUUCGUCUGCGACUGGUGGAUGAACGUGAAGUGCCAGGAGUCAGCGCAACUUUUCAAUAACAACAAUGAGAAAUUUGGAAACCUAAGACUUGGUCCCCAGCUCAUGAAGGACAUCAAGAAAAUGCUCACGCAUCCAAUGCGAAAUCCUUACGAUAAAACUGCGAUGAAGAGCAAUCUUGUCGUGAUGCAAGAUUACAAGCCACCUUUUGGACAAUUGUUCCCCAAUGGAGCUCUAAUAGCUGGUCCCGAAAGACCUCCCAACAAUAUUUACGUGCCAGCAAAGCAAGUGCAAUUCAGUCAAAAUAACUUCGGAGGCAAUGAUAUCGCAUUUGCUGCUUCCACUCCUGAUCCCCGAUACCUUCCCGCAGCAUUCAAUAAUGGCCAAAGAGAUGCUGAAGUAUUUCAACGGCAACGGCAAUAUGGUCAAUACGCUCAAAACCAAAGACUCCAAAAUGCUCCAGGAACUGUUAUUUCUAACGGGCAUGCAGGACAAUUUACACAAAUGAUAAGUAACGCUAAUCUACUAUCGACGCGACCUACUCAGAGCUAUAACAAUGGAAUCGUACAAUACGGGCAAAGACAAUUAAGUAAUACGCGACCUACUCCAUCAAUUUCCACACAAAACGCAAUAAACAUUCAGAGAGGACAGCUGAAUCAACUAAACUCACAAUACACAAACUAUCAAAAUCCUGCUAGAUUGAAUAGUGGGAAACAAUUGUCAUUUGGUGAACCUUUAACAAACCAACAGUACAAUUCAAAUCAAGUUCGACAACCCUACACAUAUCAACAACCACCAUUGCAAUUUUCCAAUGAAAUUAAUGGUAAAGUUGGUAAUGAGGCGAAACAAAACCUGGCACUGGUGUUUUCACUCCUGGCCGACUCAAUCAACGUAGCCAAAGAAUACAGCAACACAGCACAUCAAGAACAGUCAGCACAGUUACGAGCACCAAUUCAAAACAUUAAUAAUGAUGAUUUAGCGCAUAUCACAAAUAAAAUAUCUCAACUCACAUCCUCACAAUAUUCAGGAAAUAAUCAGGCAUAUAAAUCUGCGAACAUUGUAUCCACAGUUCAAACUACAACAAAAGAUCAGGGUUAUCAGUAUAGAGAUUCUGGAACAAAUAAUUUGUCACAAAACCAAAUUCAAUCAAGCCAAAGAGUUCAGAAUAAUUAUGGGUCGACACAAACCACUAAUCAACCACAGUCCGCGCGCUUACAAAGCGGCACAGGCGUGCAAUAUAACACAGUACAGUCUAAUUCUAAACAAGUAUACAGUGGCCAGUUAUACCAACUUCCAGUUCCCGAAGUGACUAAUCAGUAUUACAAUGGACAAAAUAAUGGAAAUGUACAGUCUAGUAAAAUCCAACAACAGGAAAACUUUUCCAGCCAAAAUAACAAUGUUGUAAGUAGUAAUAACAAUAAUAGAGCCCCUGAUGGUGAUGUGGAAAUUAUCAAAUCACAGUCCAUCCCCAUCACAUCUGGAAAGCUACAAGCAUCUCCCACAACUGAAUUAGACGAAUUUAACAGUCAAGAGAACUUUAGUAAAUUCAUAAGUACAAAUAAUGGCAUCUCUGCUCAGUUACAAGAUAAAAUUGUAGGGACGAUAAACCAUCCGUUAUCAGACAAUAAACUUGUGACCUAUAAAAAGGAUGAAUCGUACUAUGUCUAUACAAAACUAGACAACUCAUUUCCACAAAAUAUACAAACUAACGGAAACCUAGUGCAACUGAAUAUUGACGGUAGUCAAAAGAGUGCUAAAUUAACUCAGGGAAACGAUUUUCCGAAUGUCGUUGCAUUCCAAUUUAUUCCUUCAGUUAGCUAUCAGUUAGAAGAUGAAAAGGAACAACAAAAAAUUUUAAAUGCUUUCCAGAUUGAUGAGUUUGGAAGUCCUAAGCAAAAGCUAGUUCAAACUUCUAGUGUAGAUUAUUCUGUUGAUCACACGCCUUCAGCUAAGCAAUUUGAUAGGCAGUUUAAUGAAGUAAAUAAUUUAUAUGCCGGUCCUUCGUCAUAUUCGGCUCCUCAAUCAUCAGUUGGGAAACUACAGUCGAGACAGGACAACGUUAAUGCGAGAUUAGAGCUUGAAGAAAAUAACAAUGGUUAUUCUAAAGUUGUCCCAUCACGCCAAUUUACUUUUUAAGACAUAGUUGUGAGCAAUUUAUUUAUUUAAGAAAAUAUCUAAUAAGUACAUAUUUUAUUAU